UACAGUUCAGAUGACUAACAAGCCAUAAAACAGAAAGGCAGUUCUAACUGGUCAAGCAUUUAAUGUGAUCAUGGGGAUGAUGUCUGUGUUAGGAAAUCAUAUGUAUGUUAAUGUAAAUUACAUUUACAUUAAUGGAAAUCAUGCCUAUGUUAAUGUCAAUUAUGUGUACAUUAAUUGAAAUCUUUUAUAUGUUAAUGGAAACUGUAUGUUCGUUCCUGGUAAUCAUUUGUACGUUAAUGGAAAAUAGUGUGUACAUUAAUGGAAAUCUUGUGUAUGGCUUUGUUAAUGGAAAUCAUACGUAUGUAAAUGGAAAUUGUGUGUACAUUAAUGGAAAUUGUGUGUGUGUUAAUGGAAAUCAUCUGUAUGUUAACAGCCAUUAUGUGCAUGUUAAUGCAAAUCAUAUGUAUUGACAUUAAUCAUGUGUAUGCUAAUGGAAGAUAUUUUUAUGGAAAAGUGAAAAAUGGUAAGAAUGCUGCAAACUAUUAGGGGAGUGUGUGUGUGCAUGGAGUGGAAUCAUGUGUGUUUCUAAAAUAGCAUUUCACAGGGGUGAGUGGGUGAAGCACAGUGAGCGAGUGAGAUACAGUGUGCUAAGGGAUAGUAACAGAUGUCCUUAGUGUCUGACACUCCAGAACCCUGCCAACACUUUGGCUUACACACACAUACAGACCUAAUAGUCACUUCCUCCCACUUAGUACAUAUGCAUUCACUAACACUUGACUCUCUUCUUGGAUAGUCUCACCCAGCUUAAUCAUUCAUCUGGGCAAUAGCAACAUCUGGAUUGGCUAAACCACGGGCCUGGCAGUUGAAGCACUGGUCUAAUAUAAGACAAGCUGCAAUAACAGAUGCCCUACAGCAAACUCAUCUUCCCCAAUAUCCAUUUUGCUGUUGACCAUACAGUUGAAUAUUACUGAGGCAAAUAUAUUGCUGAUAGAUAUCCUGUUGUGUCAGACCCGAGAGACAAAUAUGUGCUUAAAUCACAUGCCAGGUGUGAUUUAGUUUGUCACAUGAUUUGACGUACUACUGCAUACCGUGCUAGGUGGAAACAACCAGAGUCCCUUAAAUACAGUGUAACAUCUUUAGUAGAUCCAUAGUUUCUCUGUGGUUUCAAAUAUUCAAGGGAUUGAAUUCCUCAGAAUACCAAACACCUCCACCGCUGAUGCUUUAAAUCAACAUGCACUAGAUUUAAAUCAAUACGAGCUAGAUAUAACGGCAAAGGAGUAAUAGACCUCUCAGGGGUAUGAUUUAGGGCCAGAGUUGGUGGCAAUUGUGGUGGCCAGUCUUAUUUCAAGGAUGGCAGAUGCCUCCCAAAGCCUGCCUCCCUUAGCCUCCCUGGCACCUUCAGAGGCAUCUUCCAUUGUCUGUCUGACUGCUUUUUGUGCAACCUGUGCACUGUGUAUGCUAAUGUAAGUAUAUUUUGAGUCAAAGGGAAAAAUAUGCACGGUGUCACAAAGGUCUACAAAUGCAAAAGUGGAGCAUUCAACUAAGAAAGAGCAGAGAGGACAAGGGCCAGAGAUCUAAAAUUUUUGUACAGUGGAAAUGCUUAACUAAAUGCAAACAGAAUAAACAUCAAUGUUGUGUUUAUGUUAUAGCCUACUCAAUGAACUACUUCUCCUUACAUUCUCAGAAAAAAGGUACUAAACUGUACCAUUCCUUGUCGCUCGGGUGGUACUCUCAACCAUACCUUAUACCUUUAGUAUUUAUCUUACCUAGAAAGGUGCAUAUAGGCUAGUGUACCUUUAAAGUUUUACUCUAAAAUGUAAUUAUGUAUGUAAAAUCUUUUUUAUGCAUGGACACUCACACGGAAAGCAUGGACACCCUUUCACUUGGAAUGCGUGGACACUCUUUCACUUGGAAUGCAUGGACACUUUCACUUGGAAUGCAUGGACACUCUUUCACUUGGAAUGCAUGAACACUCUAUCACGUGGAAUGUGUGGACACUCUUUCACGUGGAAUGUGUGGACAAUCUUUGAUGUGGAAUGCAUGGACAAUUUCACAUGGAAUGAUUGGAAACCUUCACUUGGAAUGCGUGGACACUCACUUGGAAUGCGUGGACACUUUCACUUAGAAGGCAUGGACACGUUCACCUGGAAUGCAUGGACACUCACGUGGAAAGCAUGGACACUCUUUCACUUGGAAUGCGUGGACACUCUUUCACUUGGAAUGCGUGGACACUCUUUCACGUGGAAUGUGUGUACAGUCUUUGAUGUGGAAUGCAUGGACAUUUUCACAUGGAGUGCAUGGAAUCUUUCACUUGGGAUGCUUGGACACUCACAUGGAAUGCAUGGGCACUUUUCACUUGGAAUGUGUGGACACUUUCACUUAGAAUGCAUGGACACAUGUGCGGAAAGCAUGGACACUUUCACUUGGAACGCGUGGACAUGCUCACUUGGAAUACAUGGACACUCACUUGGAAUGCAUGGACACUCACGCAGAAAGCAUGGACACUCACGCGGAAAGCGUGGACUCUUUCACUUGGAACGCGUGGACACGUUCACUUGGAAUGCAUGGACACUUUCACUAGGAAUGCGUGGACAGGUUCACUUGGAAUGCAUGGACACUUUCACUAGGAAUGCGUGGACAGGUUCACUUGGAAUGCAUGGACACUCACGCGGAAAGCAUGGACACUUUCACUUGGAAUGCAUGGACAUUCGCGGAAAGCAUGGACACUUUCACUAGGAAUGCGUGGACACGCAUGCGGAAAGCAUGGACACUUUCACUAGGAAUGCGUGGACACGCAUUCGGAAAGCAUUGAAACUUUCACUUGGAAUGCGUGGACACGUUCACUUGGAAUGCAUGGACACUCACGCUGAAAGCAUGGACACUCUUUCACGUGGAACGUGUAGGCACUUGCAUGCAUCAUGCUGACACGUAGCGUUUGUGUCCUGGACAACGUGGCCCUGUCCUCUGCAUAUGGGCCAAGGGGAUGACUUCAUUUACCAUGUCCCUGCACAGUAAACUAAUAAUAAACCCUCAUUUAUGUUAUAAGGGUCUCCCUUGUGCAGCACGACACCCCUUGGUCACUGAUAGUUUCUUAUUAUUAUGUAUUUUAUUAACAAUCAUAUCGUUAAGUCACUGUGUUUAAUGUUAUAAGUGUAUUUUUUUUCUAUUGGCCCUCAAAACGGCUUGAGUCCGCUGAGGAGCUGGAGGGGUGGAGCGCGCGCGGAGCGGAGCGCGCCGCGCCGUUUGUGUGACAGAGAGAGAGCAGAGCGCGAGAGCCUGUGCGCGCGGCACUCACAACAGACCGGCGCGUGCCACAAGCGUUUUAACGGCUUUUAACGGAAAGCGGGGUCGGUAUACAUUAACUCCUGAGAGAACGAAGCGAACCGGACAGAAAUGCGGAUGACUGAGACACAGGUGAUGGAGUCUCAAAAGUGAUGCAAGCAGCAGUUCCAUCCAUCACCAUGUGAUAUACAAUCAGAAUGAUGACAGUACCUCUGGAUGAACUGAGACUUCAACUCAAAACAUCAGCUACAAGUUCUUUUGGUUUUGGGAGUGGUGACAAACAGUGACUGCUUUGACUGGUUAAGACUGGAAACUUUUUCUGGAUGGAGUUAUCCUUGUCUCUGUGCCUAUAUUUUAUAAGAAUCCCACCAGUAAUGGCUGUGAUGGGCAAGUGACAGGAAAUAAGACUGAAGAUUUUACCACAAUUUUAUCUCAUUACUGAACAGUCUGAUCCAUCUACAGUGGUACACACACACACACACACUCAUACGCUACUACUAACGCAAAAAAGGACCACCAAAUUUACUCAAGAAGGUCCAAACAGUGGUGGCAGGAAAAAAGUUCUACUCCAGUUCCCACCAAAAAAGGUUCCAGAGGAGUUGAGCAGUUUGCAGGAUACUGAAAGACCAUGGCAGCUGAAAGCGUGAUUGAACUCAGGGACUGGCUGUUCCUGCUUCUCCUUUGCCUGACCUUAUUGGUGGAGGUUCUGGAAUUUGCAGCAGCAACAGCUGCCAUCACUGAGGCAGCACUUGGGGAGGCAGAGCUUCAGGGUGAUGUUCCGUGUCCAUCAGCAUGUAGAUGUGAUGAUGGCUUUAUUUACUGCAAUGACCGUGGACUGAGCAUCAUACCACCUUUACCGUUAACAGCAGCUGUGCUCUAUUUACAAAAUAAUCGCAUUGAUAAUGCUGGCCUACCAACCUCCUUAGAACGGCGAAUGACUGUUCAAGUAGUUUAUCUCUAUGACAAUGAACUUGAUGACUUUCCAACACAUCUGCCUCCAUCACUACGUGAACUCCACCUUCAGGACAACAACAUACGAACUUUGCCUCGUGCAGCUCUUGCACGUUUACCCUUGCUGGAGAAGCUCCACUUGGAUGAUAAUUCAAUUUCAACCGUAAGCAUUGAAGACAAAGCAUUUGCAAAUAACCCACGACUACGACUUCUUUUCUUGUCACGCAACCACCUUUCAAGUAUACCAUCAGGGUUGCCAUCAUCACUAGAAGAGCUCCGUUUGGAUGACAAUCGAAUUUCUACAAUUCCAACACAUGCAUUCAGGGGACUUACCUCACUAAGACGUCUUUUUCUUGAUGGGAACUUGUUGGCAAACCAGCGUAUAGCUGAUGACACAUUUUCACGACUGUCUAAUUUAACAGAGCUCUCUUUGGUACGCAACUCUCUUCAGUCACCACCUUUAAACCUUCCUAGCAUGCACCUUCUUCGACUAUACCUACAGGAAAAUGCUAUGACUCACAUGCCAAGAGGUUCAUUGGAUGGUAUGCAUAGGCUGCAGAAGCUUGAUUUGUCCGGCAACAACCUUACAACCCUUCCUAGGGGUUUGUUCAGGGACUUGGACAGCAUCUCACAGAUACUUCUGCGUGGGAAUCCCUGGUAUUGUGGCUGCAACCUACGCUGGCUUCAUGACUGGUUGCAUGUCCGAGGUUCCUCAGUAACAGUGAGGGGUCUAACAUGCCACGGACCAGAAAAAGUCAGGGGCAAAUCACUUAGGGACCUCACAAGUCAAAUGGAGCAAUGUGAGGGAGCUGUGGAUGGACCUGGAGGAGUUGGAGGAAUUGCAGGAGCAGGGGGAGGUGAUGGACCUAAAAGAGACAAAGGGGAUUCUCCAACUGAAACCCCAACCACAACAACCCUCACACUUCCCCAGGGUUCUCUCUUCACACUCAGGUCCAGACGACCCGUACACAGAUACCCUGACUUGCGACAGGACAAUUCUGCAGAGGGUGAAGGUGAGGAUGUUGGCAAAACUUUGUUGAUCAGUGUAAAGCCUUUAACUCCAGAGACAGCCCAUAUUACGUGGCAGGCUGCUCAACCAGCCUCAGCUUUCAGGCUAUCCUGGUUAAGACUAAGCAGUAACCCAGCCAUGGGAUCUAUUACAGAGACACUCGUCCCUGGAGACCGCCGAGAGUAUUUACUCACUCAGUUACAACCACGGUCAAGUUAUAUUAUCUGCGUGGUGCCUCUUGUUGUCAGUAAAGGAAGAAGGACGCCAUUUACAGGAACAGGGGGAUUGAAUUUGAACACUGACUCAGAGCAUGAGCACCCUGCUUGUGCCAGAACAGAGACAGCAGAUCUUCAGAUUCAGCCUAGUGCUGACCAAGGUCAGGGUGAUCAAGGUACAGAUGAAUUAACUGUCUUACCCCUUGCAGGGAUUAUAGGAGGGGUGACUGCAUGUGUUUCCCUGUUCUUAAUUUUUGGGAUUUUCUGCUGGUACGGACAUCGGGCAGGAUAUCUUACAGCUGAUGAUCAUACUGUCUAUGCGCGUGAUGUUGUUGGGCCCCGUAGUGCCGUCAAGCAUUAUGAUGACUAUGUAGAAUCUGGUACCAUUAAAGACACUUCGAUCCUAGAGAUCGGAACACCUGGUUUCCAGAUGACGCCAUUGGCGGCCCAACAGCCCCUGCAGCCAAAGGCAAAAGUUGAGGACAUGACAUAUAUUCAUACUAUUUUUCCCUCAAAUAAUACAAGCCUUUACAGGAGCACCCUAAACCACACAGCAAAUCCAAGCUAUGGAACCAACCGUGGGUACAGAGAAGGGGGAAUACCAGAUAUAGAUUAUGCUUACACGUGAUAGCCUCUGUAAUAGCCCCUAUCUUUUCUGGCCACUAUCUUUAAGACAAAGUAGCUGAGUAGGGCUUUGUUCAUUGUCUUAGGUUCCAAAGUAGGGGUGUGCCAACUCAGAAGUAGUCUAUAUAUCAUCUAUAUCCAUAAUAAUCUCAUAACUUUAAAAUGCUUGUUUUAAACAUAUCAAAUUAAACAGUUAAACAGUUACAUAAACGAUUUGUAGAAACAAUCCAUGAAAUCCAAACUGUCUCCAAAUCAGUGAAACCACUGAAAACCAAAUUGUGUCCUAAAUCACUCAAGGUAGAUGUAAAACCAAUGCAUCUUCUAAAAGGCUUUUAAUAUUUUCAUUGAUUUAUUAGGGUUAUGCUAUAUGUCCCAUCAUAACCACGUAAUUUCCAUGAAACAUGAUUACCAUAUGGCCUCAUUUUCAUACACACUGUCAUAAAGCAGGUUUUCACACGGCACACCCCUAGUCCAAUGUACCCUUUGUGCCUCCUUUGGUCUGUUUCCAGUCUAUCUGUAAACCGUUACAAUUUGAGACAACAAUUUCCUGGGGAAAAAAAAAUCUAGAACAACAAAUAAGUGCCAGAGAUACCAGUCUUGGUAUUGAUAUUAUUUAACAUUGAAGGUUUGGGGAACUUUUAUAUUUUUUUCAUACCUGUUUAUUUCCUUGAGCUAAGUCAUGUUAAAGAGACAUAACAGUAGCAUUAAGAUAAUGUUAUCCUGAGGAACCAGGUGUGUAUAGUUAUUACUUUACUACCUGUACUGUGUGUGAACAAAGGAAAAUGGGUGCCUUUCAUUUGUUGUCAACAUCUACUAUGACAAAAACAAGGGUUUUUUUUUUUGUAAUUCAGAUUAUAGGUUCCUACUAUUCCCAUUACCUCUGUCUCUCUUUUGAUUUUCUCUGGUAUUGUAAUAUUUUCAUGCUGUGCAAUGACUUUGUUCCCGGCCCAGAAAGCUGACAGGGGUGAUAACAGUUUGACAAUUUGUUGGUUUAUUUCUUUUUAUUGAGAAAAUUUGAAGGGUGGUGGGGGGUUGGGGGGGGGGUUGCCAGGAAAACAGAAAAACAACAGGUUAUGGUUUCAUGCUUAUUAAGAAAUUAGUCAUUAAAUAGUGCAGUUAUUGCUAAAUGGCCAUCAUAUAUUCAAAAACAGAGCUAAAAAGAAGCUAGUUGAGAUGUUCAAAAGGGGGAAAAAGCCUAUUCAAAGACAAUCAUGUGAGUAAGACAUCUCUCUCAAACUGACAGGCUGACACAGAUAAAGCAGUCAAUUUGGUACUAACUUAAUCCAAGCUAAUGGGAAGGGGAUAUCGAUACAGAACCACUGUCUGGAGAAUAACAUGAGCACUUAAUCCAAUAAAGGCCAUGAAAAGUGGUCAGUGGACAUUUCCAUGACUCUAACUAUGUCACCAUGAAGAACCGCUAGUAAUAUCCAACCAUGCCCUUAAGGUACUGACAACAGAAAUCAGGGACAAAUAUAAAAAUAAUAGUUACAACACUGUGGACCUCUGCAACUUUUGUAUAAGUAAUGGGGUGUGGUAUAGAACACAGUCUUUCUUUUUAAAUGGCUAAGGAGAAACUCUUACCCAAAUUAUUGGUAGAAACUGGGAGCAUUGCUUGUAAAUCUGGAGUGUUAGGAAUGUCAACAGAAUAGUAUAUAGUCCCUUUAAUUUUCCUGCCUUUUAUGAUGCAUUUUGAAAGUGAAAUAUCUGAACAAAUAGCAAAUCUGUUACUUUUUCUCUGCAGUAAAUAAUAAACAGCUUGUUUUUUCCCAUCAGUAUAUAUAUAUACAUCAAAAUUAAAACAGUUGUGCUGAACAGCAUUUCUGUGUUUAGUUUGAGUUUUACAAGAAUACAUGAAAAGAACAACAUGCUGUUUUUUUUUUCCUAAUUUGCCAAAUAUAAAAUCAAAUCAUACACAAAUCAUGGGUAGGUCCUCAAUGGGUCCUGGCAUUUCAAGGAAAAUUCUCUCAAAAAUAAUGUCCAUUUAUGGCACAAGUGUCAGUGAGGUAAGAGAAUAAUGUGGAGAGAAAGCAAAUGGACUGCGUUUAAGAGCAGACAUGUCUUCAAUCUGAAGAGUGUGGUAAUGCCUGUGUAAGCAACACAUGGAUCAAUAUAAUGAGAGAGGACAAUGUAAGUGUCCAACUAAGACAGAGAAGGGGUUGCCAUAGGCAGUUAUUCACAACACCAAUUCAUCCAAUUUUAUUUAUCAAUAUAAUUCUGGACAUUUAAGCAAAAUCAUUCUUGGCUAUUUAUGAUCAACAGCAACUAAACUUUUAUUAAUCAUAUGACUCUUUUAAGCAGCUGCCUACAGGGAGCAGACACUUACAUGGAUCUAAUGAAUCGUUGGAACCCAAAACUGUCUGACACAACGGUGUGUGCGUGUGUGCAUGUGUUUGUGUGAGAGAGAGCAAAAGAAAACAAGGUUAAUCUGGUCUAACUGGUGUGAACACUGUUUUGAUGGAUUAGUCAACUGAUACAUAGCACUAACCGGGAAGUUAAUCUACGUGCAGAUUAUUUCACUCAAGUUUGGAUUCAAAUGAAAGGGCAAAUUUUGAAAUAUAGAAUUAACACUUACACUUGAGAUAGCCCAAUGUUUUUUACAAGUUCUAAAAAACUAGACUGAAAGAGUUCAUACAAACUGAGCAAGAAACAGGAAAUUUUUCAAUCAGUUUUGACAUUAGCCUAACAGAGCUACGCAACAAGCUUCCUGAUGAUGGCCUCGAUGAAUAGCAUGUCUCCUCUUCCUGCAUUUACCACAUUGGGGCAAUUAAGCUAAUUAGACUAAGAGAAGGCCAGCAUUCAAGCUUCCUUCAUUUGAGCUAAAGUGGCGAUUGAUUGGAAGAGAAUGGAAGGGGUGGGAGGCUUUUAACGAGGCCUGCAAUAAUUGCUAUGCAUGCCUUUCUGCAAGCUCAUUGAGUUAGUUUUAAAACCACCAUACCAUUCAUUAAUGGUUCAGCAUCUGAGAGUUGGUUCAUCAAUGCCAUACAUCAAACAGAAUUUCAAUUAACACAGUGAACAUUCUGCAGAAAUUCCAGAUGUUGCAGAACAUUCACAUAAAAGAACAUAUCUGCUCAUUAACUCAUCAUUUCACAGUCAUAUUCGCUUCAUCUACAUCCUUACAAUUCUAUUCCAAAGUUUUUCAACCAUGAUAUACUAUUUCUAAAGUGCUAGGCUACUAGGUAGGUAUUUAGUACUAAAUUAUUAUACUCACUGGAAAAACAGCAUCACACGCUUAGUAAAAAAUUCGUAAGCGUCUCAGAUUGCAGUGAAUUUAUUAGGCGUGUGACAACUGUUUCCCUCUAUCAAGCCUGGCUUCCAAUUAGCAACAAUGUGACAUACGCUGAGAGAUGUGAGAUUUCACUGCGUGAAUUCAUUUUAAAUUCGCUUACGCUAGUGAGAGAGGGCUCUGAACCAGGAGCUUGGAAUGCUAAGCCUCAUUUGCAACAGAUAACAGAUUUAAUGGCUUACACACUUUGACAAAUAAGGCACAUUUUCAGACCUAUUUAGAGAUGUCUACACAUUUUCCCCUCUCAUAUGCCCAUACGAAAAAAUAUUCUGUGUACUAAAGCUGUGUAAAUUUACUCGCUGUGGGUUAGAGAAGCAUGUGAAUUAUACGCCGUAUGAACUAAACUAUCAGGCCACAAGAGCGAAAAAGCUGCAUGUGGUGCUCCUCACUCCUCCCCACUCUAUUUAUCAUCCCUUUAUUUAAACUACAGAGCCAUUUCUCUGUCUUACACUGGAGAGGGAUCUGUAGGUCAUAUCCCAGGGCUUUUUAGAUAAUACCACUGUCAGUCAGGGGAAGACUAAUAUAAUAAUUUAAAAAAAUCUCUAACCACAUUAACAUGGCUCUCUUAUCUAAAGUGCCAGUGAAAUGAAAACGUAAAAAAGAGAGGUCUGGUGCUGGUGCUGGGUUCUGUUCCAAUCUACAGUAUAUCGGAUAGCGUCACUUUUAUCUGGCAUCAUUCCUCUGCCUUCCUGGGAAUCUGGUUUGCAAUAUCUGUUAUCUAGGUCCCAGAAUAUACAUCCUCCUCUUCCAUCAGAGUAAUCCAAAUAGAAAGACUCAAAGGGAAAAUUUAAAUCAACAUGCCAAAUUCAAUCUCUUUUCCUGAGCCAAGAAGGCCUGAUGAUGAGAGACGUCCUUAAAGCCCUUGUCUAGGGAAACAGGCACUGUCAGAGUUGUUUAGCAGAAGUUAUGGGGUCAUUGACGAAACAGACGUUUAAGGAGAAAUUCUGACCAAAGUCUGUAGCUUUGAGUUUAAAGUGUAGUAGUCAUGCCUUUUUAGCUCAAAACCCUCUCUCAGGGCAUUAUCAUAAUCAUGUCUACCUUGAUUGUGGCUUUAAAGUUUUAAAUGUACAAACAACAGUAAGAAAUCAAACAUAAAUAAACAUGAGAAAUUUUAUUAGGUCAUAUGAUUUACUAUGACUUACAGACAUCACUGCAUGUAACUCCCUUUUCUCUCUAGCUCACAGCUUAACAAUCCACUCUUCAUGAAACGACGCAUCUUAAUAAAACAACCUGCAACAAUAUAUCUUCCCUAAUUUACUAGAUGGAUAGACGGAUCAAUGGGUAGAUGGAUGGAUGGAUUUAGUAGUGUAAAAG